AGUUACUUGAUAUUCACUCAUCAAAGGCGGCAAAGAACCAAAACACAACCUCAGGGGCAAAACGAUGGCGUUGCUGUGGACGCUUGUGGAAGUAAUGGUAGCUCUCAUCCUGCUUGUACUAUUUGGAUUGGUUUUUGUGAUUAUUUUCGAAGCAUAUAGAAGAAGACACAAUAACGCCCACGUUGAAGCUCCGGCAAUCUUCGAAGAUCCUAAUUCGUUGAAAAAGGUUCCUUGUCCUUCUCUUACUGAUCCAGCGGAGAAAUAUAUAUCUUUGAUAAUUCCUGCAUUCAAUGAACAGCAUCGACUUCCUGGAGCGCUUGAUGAAACCUUGAAUUAUCUUCAACAGCGUGCGUCAAAGGAUAAAUCAUUCUCUUAUGAGGUUUUGAUUGUUGAUGAUGGAAGUGUUGAUGGGACAAAGAGAGUAGCUUUUGACUUUGUAAAGAAACACACAGUUGACAAUGUGAGGAUCAUCCUCCUUGGAAGAAAUCAUGGCAAGGGAGAAGCUAUAAGAAAAGUGAGUCUGAGCUAUACAAUCAUUUCAUCUAUUGGAAUGCUUCAUUCUCGUGGGGAAUUACUUCUAAUGCUGGAUGCUGAUGGUGCAACCAAGGUUAAUGACCUAGAAAAACUUGAAAGUCAGAUCCAUGCAGUCGCCAGAAAGGAGUAUCGUUGUAAAGAUUCGACACCUGGUGAUUCCAAUUUUAGAUUAUCUGAUGUCCCAGUAGCAGCAUUUGGUUCUCGUGCUCAUCUUGAAGAGAAAGCUUUAGCAACAAGGAAGUGGUACCGCAAUUUUUUGAUGAAGGGUUUCCAUAUUGUGGUUCUCUUGACUGCUGGUCCUGGUAUUCGUGAUACACAGUGUGGUUUCAAGAUGUUUACUAGGACUGCAGCAAGGAAGCUUUUCACAAAUAUCCGCCUGAAAAGGUGGUGCUUUGAUGUUGAGAUAGUUUAUCUAUGCAAAAGGUUUAACAUCCCAAUGGUGGAGAUAUCUGUGAAUUGGUCCGAGAUUCCUGGAUCCAAGGUGAAUCCCCUGAGUAUCCCCAACAUGCUUUGGGAGCUUGUGCUUAUGUCAGUUGGAUACAGGAUGGGUAUGUGGAAGACCGCCCAAUGAGCCUUCAAGCCUCUGAUUGGAUCAUAACUAUGCAGUAUUAGUUUUUUUAAAGCCACACGAUCUAGUUCAGUGCAACAGAGACAGCAACACAGAUAAGGCAACCGUAGGUUAUACACAUCUUUUAAAUUAUAGUUGAGCAGGCAAAAACUCAGUUUUAUUCUUAUUUAUGCUGAGACCCUGAGCUAACCAUUAGCAAAAACUACAAGAAAUAAUCCUUCUGGUUGACACCACAUACUGUAAGGGAGAAGCUGUAUUUUACAAUUUUAAGGGCAUUUCAAUGUCAAUGGCAAUGCUCCAAGAAGAGUAAAUUAUGCUUUGAGAGGAGACGCUUGGACAAUAGUGUCCUCUGAAGAUUAAAAUCAGGCUAAUUUUAGUAGAUAAUGUUUCUCA